GAAUGCACCACCACAAUUUUACGUCCCACGACCGAACCGACCACGACACAACUCAAUUUAUCCCGCGAACGGCGCACGUCCGUACGUACGCCUGCCUGAGGCUGUCUCGAUCUUUAAGAAAAGAACAUUUAAUAUGAGAAAGUAUAUUUUUUAAGAAUAUUAUUGUGACGCCCUAUUAGUGACAUUGUUACGUGUUAUAUUUUGUGGAUGUUCGUAAAAGUUACAAAAAUAGGAGUUCUAAACUUACCAGUGUGCACAAGCCAUGUGACUACGCCGGGAGUGGUGAAGUAAGAUUUGUAAUGUGGCUAAUAGCCGCUGUUCUGGCAGCGGCGACGGUGGCUGCUGCCAUACCCUGCGAGGAUGUGCAGAUGCAGUGCGCCUACCGCUCCGGCUGUGGUAAAGCUCUCAACAACUACAUGAUAUUCUGCAGCGAAGUCCUUACUACGGGAACAUCGACGUGCCCAGAGUACUGCGAGUAUGCACUCAUAGCACUUACUUCCACGCCGGAAGGAAAAGAUUUAUUGAAUUGUCAGUGCAAAGACGAAUACUGCGAGGGAAUGAAGAGUCGAAUAGAGAUCUGUAGGCCUCAAGUCGUAAAUGGAGCUGCAAACGCUACCGCUUCUUGUUGGCUCUCACAGUUGAUUUGUCUUGCAGACUCUGAGUGUGCUGCUGCCCUCGAAUAUUAUAAACUACUAUGCUGGUCUAUGUACGAAGGGCGGAAAUGUUCGAGAAAGUGCCGGAACUCCAUAGGGAUUUUAAGGAAACAGAAGAAAGCAGCGGCUUUGUCGACCUGUCAGUGUAACGGCGACGAAAAUUAUGAUUGCAAAAAGAUGCAAAAUAAUUUUGCACGGCUAUGUUUCCACAACAAACAUGGCAAUUAUAAAGACAAGAAAAAGAAAACAUUCCAGCCGUUACCAGAGACACCCACAUCUAAGAAACCUAGUGUUGUUACAGACGCGGCUUCUGUUGCCAUCUUAUCGCAAUUGAUGGUUAUCAUUUGUGCAUACGUUACAACUAUGACGUGAUAUUUAAUGCUAAUUAGCGAGGCCUACCUCAUGCUAUAGAACACUUAAGAUAUCUUAUUAAAUAUCUUUCUUUCGAGUUCUAGUAAUCAAUGUAAUUAGUCUUACUACAAUUGUAUAAAAUUAUGUAUCUUAAAGAGUAGUACAAUGAGUAGUGAACUCGGACUUCUAGGAUAUUUUACAAGACCAACACAGAAUCUAAGGUACCUUUUCGUAUUAGUAUUUUUAAGUUGACAUAUUAUAAUUUAGAUACUAAUAAUGAUAAUAUAAUAAAUGUGUAAAUAAUUUAGAUAUGUAAAUGUGAGGGAAUGCAAGGAUAAACGAGAAUUUUGGCCUACAAAUUUAAAACAGUAUUGUCUUUCAACCGGUGCAACGUUAAAUCUAUCGAGAUACAGAGCUAGCCGCCCACGGGUACGGGUGACGCUAUAAAUACGAAGCGCGGAGCGGCGCCGGUGGUCCGGUGACAAAUGCUCAGAUGCUGCCCUAUUCCUGAAGCAGUGUCUGUCGAUUGAUCUAGCUGUCUGGUCAUGCUCAAAUACUAUGCUGACAGAUUAGCCAAAAGUAAACCAUAUAAAAUAGAAGACUAUUGCAAAAUUUACUUGCAAAUAUUUGGAUAUAUUUUAAGACAUUUUAGAGGCCUUUUUAAGAUUAAGAGGAGGAACAAACCUUGGUGUAUUUUUUGUACGAUAAAAUAGAACAUAGAUAUUAUUACGUCGUGAUCAAGACUCUUCUACAGGGUCGAAGUAUCAAUAUGCUUAAAUAAAUAAAUAAAUAAUUAUGCGGUGAAUAAAUGUUUGUUAAUAGUAAUGAUAACUGCAAAAAUUUAAACAGUUUUAGAACAAAAUAGAAUUUUAUUGCAUAACGUAUAAUUCAUGUAACUCUGCGAUUUACAUAAUGGGCAAUCAUCUCAAAUCCCGAGUUAAAAAGUCCUUCAUCUGUGCGUCUUAAUUGUUCCUGACUAUUUUGCUGUUGAAGAAUUUUUAAAACUGAAAUAAGUCGGCGAUAGAUUAGGGAAGUGGAUGUUCGAAUGACAUACUCGUGUCUAAUUCCGGUGGGCGCGACACUAAUCGCCCCCAAUGAUGUAGGGCGCCAUACAAACAUGCCGCGGGAUGCCACUGUCACGUUAACAUUAUUGACAUUUUGUUUCCUUUGCAUCCGUUCUUUAGCAUUGUUUUAAUUUUUUCUACUCAUUAAUAAAUAGCUUCUCAUAAUGACGAUACGCGAUGACUUAGAAUUCAUUAGAAUUAUGUUUGAGUACGGAAACGAUUUUUCCAUGGAAUAGAUUGACAGCGCUUCGUAGGAACACGACACAGUUACUUGGCAAGAAAGAACUCUAAAACCGGUUGUAGGUAAAGCUUUAGCAACGAUACUGAUAUUGAACACGUUAAUUUGUUUUAAAGUAACACGGAAAUACUAGAAUAUAAUAAAAUACAUGUAAUACUAGAUCUAUGCUGCUGUUUUAAUAUUUUUAUGAGCACAUAAAUUAUCAGUAGUUAUUAUGAUGAAUUACCGAAUAUUGAAAUAGAUAUUUAUAAAUAAAAUGUUCUAUAUGAAAAAAGAUAUAAUUUAAUGACUAUUUUCUAAGCAAUAUUGCUAAAAAGAAAAUUAAAAUAUAUUUUGACGAUUUUUGUUUCAAUUUGUGUCAUUAAUUAUAAACAUUGUGUAUUCAUGAGAUCUAUUGCUUACCUAUUAAUGUAUUGCCAAUGAAUAUACUUAUAUAUAUCGACGCACACAUGAAGUCAUAUAAAGGUGAAGUAAUAAAAUACGCGCGGAUUGUGAAUAAGGAAUAACAUCCUAGUUUAUUGGUAUGGAGUGAUUUAUUUUCAAUCCUAUUAUACUUCUGUUUACAUUAACCACAUCAGAGAUCGUAAAUUUAUUUAAGGUAGUAUUUUACAUUGUAUUUUAUAUAUAUAUAUAGUGUCCGACAACAGCAGCCUUGUUUUUAUGGGGUUCCAAAAUAAGAAACGCAUUUUAAGCAUACACUAAAAACAGUUUUAGGAUACCUUUAUUUAAAUUUCCUCUUUGUUUAAAAUUGAAGGGGAUUUUUAAAAUAAAGUGUGAUAAAAAUAACUUGUAACAAAGUCGUGUCCAAUACAGUAUUGAUAGUUCUCAAAUAAUAUUUUUUUGGUAAAUAUUAAAAUUAAAAACGCGAGAUUGAUAAUUUGUCUUUAUUUUUUUUUCAUGCAUGAAUCUAAUUCUAAACCAAAACUGAUAAUUAUUUUUGAAAACCAUAGGUUACUCAUACGUAUGUUGAUAUCAUAUUAAUUUUGUGACGUUUGAAGCUGCCGUUUUUCUUUAAUAGCAAAAUUUUAAGAAACGCAAUAUAUAGAACAAUCCUGAUUGCAUAAAGAAUAAUAAAAAUCACGUACAAAAGAUUACGAAUGAUUUGAGAACGUUUUUGAAAUUGUUUGAAAAUUACCAAGUAAUCAUAUACUAUAAACAAAUAAGUUAUAAAAUAUAUAUAGUUAUAUAAUAUUUUGCUAAAAAUCAGGUCAGUCAUCUUUUUGGGUGUCGCGUGUUUGAGGACAUGACAGACAGGGUGCUUACUUUAUUUUAAAAACGUCUUCGUAUGUUUAGUUAUAAGUACAAAUAAAUAUAAAUGCGGCAUUUUAAAUAAUUUAAGAUUCCAGUUUUAAAUAUCUAUUGUAAAUGUAACUCUUAAUUUUAGGGGAUGUCACCCACACACGUGUAGUAGUAGUAUUGUAAAUGAAUAUAGCAUAGUUUAAAUUUAAAUAAAUUAUUAAUUUUAUUUACGAAUGAGUACACAAAAAUAAAUAAAACAUAUUAACCACAGUUUACCAAAGUGAGAUUAAUAAUAUUAAUAGUAAAAUAAAAUGUGAAUACUGUUCAUUAAGGUGUUACGUAGAAAUAAGUAUUUUCUUUAUAAGAAAUGUUCGUGCAAAGUAUUUUUAGAAUUAAUUAUAAUAAUUUAUUAAAUCAGCUAGUUUUAACAUUGUAAACAUUGUUGCGUUUGUUUCGUUUUGUGAAAUUAGGAUUUUAGAUGUAAUAUUUAUUUUACAAAAUUGCAAUAAAUUUUUGUAUUCUA